AUGUCGUCCAUUUGUGCCGAGAUCGUACCCCAUGAGGCUCCGGUUGAGCGCGACUUGGGUAUCUGGAUACAGCAGACUGUCGGCAUCACAUUGGAGGACAUCAUCGAUGCCAGCGACAACGACGAUACGGUCAACUCAACCCGGCCGGGUAACAAGACACAGUGUAUCGCCACCUCGCCACCUGGACCGGUAUGCAGCCAACGGAGAUCAUGCUUUCGACGGGUAACACCAACCAUCGACCCAAGCUGUGAUGACCUAAACAUCGUGGCCAACAUCAACAUGAUCAAGAUCAACACAUCUCUCAGAACUUGCCCGGAACCUGCCUCGCGUCCCAGCUCGCCAACGAAGCGUCGGCGAGCGCGAGGUCCAGAACUACAGCACAGCUUACCGCCAACCCAUACCACUACGAGUAGCGUGGCUAUCGCGCGGAUGCACAAGACUUCGAGUGUUGUGGUGUAA